AAGUGAGUUAAUUCGGAUUUAGUAAAUAACCGAAGGACUCUAAAGGAGGUGAAAACCUAGGAGAAACUUAUUUUGGAAAAGUGGAGGAGGCGUUCUCCCCAAACAUCUUUCCUGCCACUAUUUCACUCCCCCUUGGCGCCGGGAGACAACUGCCAAACUAAAUCGUUACUUCGCAAACUUAUUUGUGAAAGUCUUCUCUGAGCGCUUGUAUAUCCAUCUAUCGAUGAUGGCAUUCGGAAUUGCUUUGGAUUGUCUCUAUUAAUUGCUACAACGCAACAAAGUGUCUCUAUUAAGACAAGUCGUUCUAUAAAUUCCAUCGAAGUGACGGAAACGAAACGCUACGGAGAGUAAGCUGUAAGCAAAUGCUCUUUGUAAAGCACCAUGAUGUCAGUGCGGGUCUGUGUGGUCCUGUUUUUCCUAGGCUCUCUGUGUGACCUUGCCCAGCUUUUAAAUCCUCAAGAUCCAAAUGUAUGCAUCUUGUGGGAGAGUUUCACCACAUCUGUGAAGGAGUCUUACGCCCACCCAUAUGACCAGGUGUUCGAGGCCUAUUGCUCAGAGCCUUGGAAUCCCAACAAGUGCACCCGGCACAAGAUAACAUACAAGACAGCCUACAGGCAGGCGGUGAAGACAGACUACCGACGGAGGUACCAGUGUUGUCCAGGCUUCUACGAGAGCAGAGACAAAUGUGUCCCUCGUUGCACCAAGGAGUGUGUGCACGGCCGUUGCGUCGCCCCGGACCGCUGCCAGUGUGAGGGAGGCUGGCGUGGCGACGACUGCUCCAGCGCCUGCGAUAACCUGCACUGGGGCCCUGGCUGCAGUAAAGUCUGCAAGUGUGCGAACGGCGGCCAGUGCAGUCCCUCCACGGGUUCCUGCAAGUGUCCGCCAGGCUUCACGGGAGCUCGCUGCGAGGACCCCUGUCCUUCCGGAACCUUUGGCCCAGGCUGCAAAGAGGCCUGCAAGUGUGGAACUGGAGGAACGUGUGAUAAAGUGACCGGAGAGUGUGUGUGUAAAGAAGGGUUUACUGGCACUCUCUGUGAAAAAGCUUGCCCUAAGUCACGUUGUCCUCGACGAUGUCCUUGUCAGAAUGGUGGCGUCUGCCAGGGCAAUGGGGUCUGCAACUGCCCUCCUGGAUGGACAGGAAUGGUGUGUACGGAGCGGUGUGCAGAGGGUCACUCUAAGGCUAACUGCGCCCAUGAGUGUGUAUGUCACAACGGUGGCCACUGUGAUCCCCAGAGUGGCCAGUGUGUGUGUACCGCUGGCUUCACGGGGGAGAGGUGUAACGAGGAGUGUCCAGUGGGCAGCUACGGAGAGGAGUGUAAGGGUGUGUGUGACUGUGCCAACGGCGCCCGCUGCUACAACAUCCACGGGGGCUGUCUGUGUGAGCCGGGGUUCCGGGGCCCGCACUGCCGCGAGAGGAUGUGUGCCGACGGGGCGUUUGGGAUGCACUGCGAGCAGCGCUGCCUCUGCCACUCGCCACACACACUCAGCUGUCAUCCGCUCAACGGAGAGUGCACGUGUGAGCCCGGCUGGGCUGGGCUGUUCUGCAACGAAACCUGCGCACACGGUUACUAUGGCAACGGCUGUCUGGGCCCCUGCCUGUGUGUAAACGGAGGGGUGUGUGACACUGUGACUGGCCAAUGUCACUGCGCACCUGGGUAUACUGGGGAGCACUGUGAGAAGUACUGUGAGAAUGGGAUGUUUGGGAAGGGCUGCUCAUCCGUCUGCACCUGCACCAACUCCAUAGCCUGCUCCCCCAUAGAUGGCACCUGCUACUGCAAAGAGGGGUGGACCGGGGCGGACUGCUCAGAACCCUGCUCUCCUGGGACCUGGGGCCCGGGCUGCAACGCCACCUGUCACUGUGGCAACGGGGCAUCAUGUGACCCUGCGUACGGGUCUUGUACCUGCACAUCAGGCUGGCACGGCCCCCGCUGUGAUCAGCCCUGUCCGAUCGGCACUUUUGGACCGGGGUGUAUGAAGAAAUGCGACUGCCACAACCAUGGCGGAUGUCACCCUGUGACCGGGCAGUGCUUGUGUCCUCCUGGCUGGACAGGGUCUCGUUGUGCUCAGCCUUGUCCAGAUGGGUCUUGGGGCUCUCACUGCAACCAGAGCUGCUCCUGCCUAAAUGGCGCCACCUGCCUGUCACACAGUGGCAUCUGCGUGUGUAAAGCAGGAUACUUGGGUCCCCAGUGCCAGCAUGUGUGCAACGCAGGCAUGUACGGAGAGAGAUGCAGCAGGAAGUGCCCCUCCUGCGUCCACUCCUCCCCCUGCCACCACAUCACAGGCCAGUGUCAGUGUCACCCGGGCUACACUGGGGACCUCUGCAACCAAGUUUGUCCCAUUGGCUAUUUCGGGGAGCAGUGUAAAGGUGUAUGCCGGUGUGCCAAUAACUCCACAUGCCACCCCCAAGAUGGCGCCUGCCACUGUCCUCCGGGACUGACCGGACCCGACUGCUCCUUGCCGUGUCCGGCUGGCUUGUUUGGCCCAAACUGUGCCAAGACCUGCUCCUGUGGGCCCCAGUUCCAGUGUGACCCCACCAGCGGCGUGUGUGUGUGCGAGCCGGGCUCUGCACUUGACUGUACUCCAGACCGUUUUGGGAGCACGAUGGUGCCUGUCUCCCCCGUAGAGCGUGACUCGUGGGGGGCCAUCGCGGGGAUAGUGGUGCUGGUCAUCCUGGUGGUGCUCCUGCUGGCUCUGCUGCUCCUCUACCGGCAACGGCAGAAGGACAAACAGAACCACACGCCCACCGUCUCCUUCUCCUCGACGCGCACUGUCAACUCUGAGUAUGCCGUGCCAGACAUACCCCACAGCUACCACCACUACUACUCCAACCCCAGUUACCACACCUUAACCCAGAACAGACCCCCGCUGCCCCACGUGCCCAACAACCAGGACCGCUACAUCAAGAACACCAACAACCAGCUGUUCUGCAGCGCGAAGAACAAGGAGAGGGAGCGACGAGGGCUCUUUGGGCUGGAGAGCAACGCCACUCUGCCUGCUGACUGGAAACACCAGGAGCCCCCAAAACACCAUGGAGCGUUUGGAAUUGACAGAAGUUACAGCUACAGCGCCAGCCUUGGGAAAUAUUACAACAAAGAGCUGAAGGACUUGUGUGCGGCGGCGAGCAGCAGCUCUCUGAACAGUGAGAACCCCUACGCCACCAUCAAAGACCUGCCCGGCCUGCCGCCGUGCCCCGCCGAAUGCAGCUACAUGGAGAUGAAGGCGGCACUGCCCAUGCCCAGGGGGAGGAGCUUCACGGAGAUCAGCCCCCCUAUGCCAGGCCCUUCUACCCCUGCCCCCGCCAUUGCCCCCGCCGUUGCCUCCACCUCCGCCUCCAUUCGCAGAGAACGCUGUUCCCUUGGCAACGUCCCUGAGCAGGAGCCUCAGAACCAUUAUGACAUGCCCACCAACAGCCACAUCCCGGGCCAUUACGACCUGCCCCCCGUCCGCCGACCCCCUUCACCGUCGCCACGGAGAGUGCAUUACUGACCCUGCAUCCCCAUCCCACCCCACCCCACGCCGCUCCAGACCCACUCCGGACCACAAGCACACAGUGGGAGUGGAGCAAUGCACAAUGACAACCACAGCAAAAUCAGACUUCCUCCAAGUUGUUAGAUAGUGGCACAACACCGCCACCUAGUGGAUGUUCCAUCCAUUCUUUUGUUCCAAGUGAACCGCCCUGCACAAAGAGGAGGGAAUGAGACUGAUCUGAUGAUACCUUUUAUGUUUACAUGUUUUUGAAGCUUGUUGUGUUUGUGUCACGAAGGUUCAGCUUCAAAUUGUCAAGGAUUAUAUUGUACUUCAGCUAAAACUGCCAUUACGAUAUGUAAAUAGUAUCCACUAGAGGUCUGGUGGCAAGGCAAAGGCUUGGUUCACAGCUGAGAUAGAGCCCUUGCUUAGAAGGUCCAUCACUGAUGAAUGUAAUCACCACUUCCUUUGUACAUAAUGUAAAUAAUAAAGUUGAGCUUUGUAUGCA